AGAAAAAUAAAAAUCUGUGAAGAGAUAAAUACAAAGUGAAUUAAACAUUAAAAUCAAGCAAUUCAACAGAAAUGAAACAAAUAUGCACACAAGUAUCAAAUAUCAGGUGUGGAGAAUUUGAAGGGAGAAAAAGAAACUGGAAAAAAAGGAGCCAUAGGGAAUUUUAUUUAGGGGACUGAUGGAAGGCAACGGAGGCUGGGUUAAACAGAGUGAGGGGCACAGUCAACACAAGAAACAUGUUCUCAGACAUGUUAUAAGAGAAUAAGAACAGGCAGGUAAGUGGCAGUAGCACUAAAUAUCAAUGGUCUUGAUAAUGCAGUGACAUCGAAACUUCUGUUUUACAAAAAUGACAGUCACCAGGCAGCUGACACAACUUCAGCAUCAGCCACAGAUUGCUAAACACUUGUUGCAAUAGGAAAACAUACUAGUAAGGCACGUAUUUUCGACAGUAUCAGAGCUUACAAAUUAACCUACUUCAUGUUUGAAUAUCUCGAAAAAAAUUUAAAAGUUCACUUAGGCUACAGAAUUUCAAUAUAAAUUACAUGCCUACUGCACAGAUAUGCAAAUUACUUUCAAGAAAAAAGUAGUUAUAAAAGACAAAAAGUUGAAUAUUAUGUACAUCCAUGUUUAAUAACUGACUCGGAUGCAGCACUUCCACAAAGGCAUACAUUUUCCCGAGGUGGCAACGGUGUUGGGACAGCAAUAAGAGACUCACAACUGUUUUCUAGCUACAUUUCAAUGAAAGACGGCAUUACUCAUGUUUUACAUCGUUUUAAUGUUUGUAAACAAAAUGGAACAUAUUAUGUACUAACAAGGCUCCCCUUUGCCAGCUGCUUGGAAACCGGAACCUAAAGCAAUUGCCCAGCUUGUUUCUUAUUUAAGCUGAUGACCUAGGCUCCAUAUCUCAAAAAUCACAUUUUUUUUUCUUCUUCAAGAAGGUCCAUCCUACUCGGUUGGCUCUCUGAUUCCAUUUCUCCAUCGCAGACUACCGAGAAACAAUUAGAAAUUACAAUUUCUAAUCGGUACACAUUUCCAAGUGUGCCCCCCACCCCCCAUCGAGAAUGCGCCUCAGUCAGACAUCCAUGGAUGGCACUUCUACUACAUAAUUUUUCAUAUGUACCCACUAAAUUUACAAAGUCCACAAACUUAUCAAAACAUCAUUGUAUUGCAUCAAAAUAUUGCGUGGCUAUAGACACAAUUAUGGAAACUACACAUUUUUGCACCGAUCUACCAUUCCCGUACAACGUUAAAAUGCAAACGUGCAUUUAAGCGCAGUCCGUCAGAAUCUGCAGGUUUAGGUAGACUGCAAUCCGAAUAUAAAGUUACGCCUUUUCAUGGACACCACUGACACUUAAACUUUGUAGACAUCACGGCAUAUGUAUAAACAGUAUCCAUUUCCGUAAGGGUGACACAAGCAAGUCCUUUGGAAGCAGAGCAGUUCUCUUACUGGAUGAACUGGGUCCAUUAACAUCAUGGUAUCAGAACCUAAAGACUUGGCGAAAUAAAACCAGGGAACCAGUCUUCCGUCUAAUCCGUUCUUCCCGUUUCCUUUAAACCAAGUCAACAAUGCGUAAUACUUCCCGACGCUUUUCUCCAGGAGGACUCUCCAGACCGCGCGCGCCCGGCCACAUAUAGGAGCUGCUCACGUGCACUUCCCGUGGUGGAAAGCGCGCCCCCGGCGCCGCAGCAAUUCGUGCUCCGAAAGGGACUAUCCGGGUAUUUGUCGUAACACAGUGCUCAUGAGGGGAAUGCACGGGAUCGAGUUGGACUGUAGUUGUUAUGGCACAGGGAUAGGUAUUUCGUUUUGAAUUUAUGUGACGCGAAUACAAGUUAAAACGAGCAACGCAGACACAAGAAAGCAUUAAUGUAUGUUUAUAUGGAGGAAGACGAGGAGGAAAGAUAGUGGUUUGAUAAAAAAGGGAUUGAGGCAUUAAAAUGCAUUUACAUCAGGUGCUGACCGGUGCUGUCAACCCUGGAGACAACUGUUAUUCGGUGGGCAGCAUCAAUGACAUCCCCUUUACGGUAAGAAUAAUGAGUGUUUUGUGGAUUUCUCUGAUUACUGGAGCUUGGGAGCAGCCGUUUCUGUAUUUUACUAAGUUUUUCGUGGUUCCAGUUUGUUUUCUUGUUAUGGCGACCGGCUGCUCUACUAGUCCAGGUAGUCCGAGACUUUUUUCUAUGGACACUAACAUUGGGUCAGCCGACCAAUGUAAUUUAACUGCUUUAAUACAUGAACUGUCUCAACGGAUGGACAAUAUUGCUACCAAACUAGAUGACUUAGAACAUCGAGAAAAACAGCGGCUUUGUCCAGGUCUGUCUGAUGGAGAUGUGCAAUUAAGUAGUACCGCCAACCAACGGACAGACGGUUUACCUACUAAUCCUUUAACAAGAGCACCUUCUGAUACUUCUAUACCGCCAGGGCAAGCACCACGGAUACAACGCCCAUGGGCAACUUUGAGUGGUGCAACACAAACAAACAGUACAGCAAAUGAUCAGCAACCAAAACUUGUAAAACUAAAGAAAUUGCAACUGGAAGUAAACUACUUUCGGCAAUGCUCUACAGAGAAAAUAAUACCGAAAGGCUUAAGGUCCAAUUUUUGUCCAACUGGUUUAUUUAUUGACGCUGAUUUUUACAAAGAUCUAGCACUACUUUUUGACAAUCAGGGCCUUCAAUUACUUGAGUUGAUGAUCAAACACUAUAACAUCCAAAUCAACAAGUUGAUUAAUGAAGUCAACGAACUAGACAACUCGUUGAAAAAAGAUGUGAACUUUGAAAGAUAUAAAUAUGACUAUACCCGUAUUUUUACGAGUAUAGAUUCUCUAGUAUACAAGUUGAAGUUGAACAAAAACAAAAAAUUGUCAAGGGACAGACUUUCCUACAGAGAUAACAAUGCCUAUGUUAAAUUAAGACCCCCAGUUAAAAGCUCUUUCGUUAACACAGAAUAUUUGAGUAAUAAAAGGGCUGACUUACCUUCAACAUCAAAUAUGCAAGACUCGGAGUUGAUUGAAGAUGGUACUGAUGACCAAUUUGUACAAGUCCCUAGACGAAGUAACAGAAUAAGGGCAAAUAAUAAUAAGAAUGGCCCUCAACGUUAUGGAAACAACAAUUACUACAACAACAAUGCAAAUAAUGAAACUGAGAUCGACUAUUUAGAUGUGAAAUUAUAUAAAGAUUCAACAAAUCUAGAAUACUUUUCCACCAUAUAUAGGAAACCAACAUACUGCAAUUCCUUCUUACAUUUCAAUAGUGCACAUCCUUAUAAGCAAAAAAGAGCCAUUAUUAAGGGUCAAAUAAUAAGAGCGGCUAGGAUGUGUAGUCGGGAAACAGCUUUUUUGAAUGAAUGUAACAAUUUGAAGGAAAUGUUCAUGAACAGAGAUUACCCAUUGUCUAUGUUCACUGAAUUAAUGGAUGAAAUUAAUUUCAAACGUUCAAAAGGUCUUUACUCCCCCCUUUUAAUAUACAACAAUUUAAAAGUACAGGUUGAGAUUACCAACACUUUAACAGGACAGGGUAGAUUUGAGGAGAGAAACAGUACCAGUUUAGUCAACAUUGAAACACGUUUUCAGACUAGUUUCAUUUCGACUUUUAACAUUAAUUCUUGGGACAUACAACACAUUCUAACUAAGAACUGGUACUUUAUUUUGAACAAUGAAGAACUGUUUGAAAAACUUGGUGAUAGACCAAAAUUUGUGUAUAAACGAGGAUAUGAGAGUAUUCCUUUCAGGAUGAGAAGAAACAUGGCAUUCUUUUCAAAGUUACAGAAAGUGUCGAGUUUCAUUACUUCUUGCAUCCCUUUUUCAAAGGGAUUGACAAUGAUUGAGAAGACCUGCACCAUUAUUAUGUAUCCAAACUGUGUUAUUGUAUCCAUAAAGUCGAAUAAUUUGCCCAAUAUAAAGAGAAAAACCUUCCACCACAAAAAGCUGUCUAGUGCAUUUUUCACAUCUACAUAUCAAGAAGCUUAUAAAAGUUCUAGGGCUAACCUUAGUAAAACUGUUGUAGAUAUAAAAAAAUUUACAAGAAAACUAAACUUAUUUUAUUUAAUGAACACCCUUUCAGAUGACAAAAAGGCUUUAAUAAAACCAUCUAGUUACACCCCAAAAUUACAUCAUACCAUUAGGGUGUUUGAGGAACUUUGCAUUCAAGAUGUUACUCAUAUAUUGCAAACUAAGUGUCACGCUUUUAGUAAUUUAAACCAUGAUGAAAGGAUAGCAUUUAACAACCUUAAAGCUCUUAACAAAUCUUUUAGGUUUAUGAAAAGUGACAAGGGUGGCAAUAUUGUCAUAAUGGAGCAGGAUGUUUAUAACAAAAAAAUGAGGGAAAUUUUGAGUAAUGCUGAUGAGUACGAAGAAAUAAGUUAUUUUGAUAUAUUGCGUAGACGACACUUCAUUCAUUCUGAUUUAUAUGGAGUCCUUAUGUCUGGUGACAUCACUUUUGAAGUUUAUGAUUUUUGUACAGUGCAGGAGCCCCGUAUAGGAGUUAUUUUUGGUAUACCGAAAACACAUAAGUGUUUAUCAAAUCCCCCCCUCAGAACCAUUGUCUCUUCACCUCAUUCAAUUACUGAAGGUAUUUCACUUGUCAUUGAUGCAGUUUUGGGGCCUAUUUUAACAAACGAAACUUCUUUUAUCAAAGAUUCAUGGCAUUUUUUGAAUAAAUGUGGGUUGUUUUUACAAAGUGGGAAUUUUGAUCCCCUUAGACACAUCAUUUUUACCAUUGAUGUUGUCUCUUUGUAUACCUGCAUCCCUCAUGACAAGGGAGUUGAAGCUGUAUGCAGUUUUUUACUUAAGAAAAACACAGGGUUGACUAGUAACGCCAUUUCCACUAUUUGUCAUUUUUUGGAAAUUAUUUUGGACAACAAUUUUUUUCUGUUUGGGAAAAUUUAUUAUAAGCAAAAGAGAGGAGUGGCGAUGGGGUCUCCUGCAGCACCCGCCUAUGCCAAUCUAGUUAUGGCUUGGUGGGAGUUUGAGUUCAUACCAUUUUUAACUAAAAAAUACAUUUCUUUUUUUUGUCGUUUUGUUGAUGAUUUACUUUUUAUUAUUGAGGGUGAUUCUGACACUGUUGACACAUUUCUCUCAGAAAUCAAUUUGCUUUCUGAUUACCUAAAAUUCACCAAGGGCUGUGUUGGUCUGAGCGUCAGUUUUCUUGACGUGUUGUUAUUCUGGGAUGAGACUGAUGUUAGGUUCCACAGUCGAAUUUUUCGCAAAGAAACUUUUACUAAUGGUUACUUACAUAAUCUUAGUAACCAUCCUAGACAUGUCAUUAAAAACAUCCCUCGGGGACAAUUUAUUAGAGCCAGUCGUAUGACUUCUAAAGACAGUGAUCUUAUUAGUGAGUUUGAUUUCAUUAUAUCCAUGUUUGUUGAGAGGGGAUAUGAUAGGUUUGAUUUGACACAGACUAGUGAAGAAAUUUUAAGUAAACGCACUACUUCCUUUAAGGCUUUACUUGAUUGUAUUGUGCCUUCGGUUACGUUAGUUAACUGUACUUCUUCAGUGAACAAUAUUGACAGGAAUUUAAUUUGUUCUUUAGAUAUGAGUUCUGAUGGUACUCGUAUUAAACAAGUUGUGGUCAACAACUGGAGGAUUAUAAAAGGCAAUUCUGACAUUCAAAAAAUUUUGGGGAAUCAACCUUUUGUUUUUAGGAACAAUUCCAAUUUCAAGAAAGCUUUGAAAUUUCACGAUAAUGACAACACAUUAUUAAAAACUGAUAAAAUAGGGAUGCAUUGUUGUCACCAGUGCAACAUGUAUAGGUUCAUUUCUGAGGGUCCUUAUAUCAGGAUCGACACUAUUGAUAAGACCAUGAGGGUUCCUGGGUUUGUAGACUGCAACACCAAGGGGGUUGUUUAUAUUAGUUUGUGCUCCACUUGUCCCGCCUUUUAUGUUGGCAUGACAACCAGGUGCCUCAAGACCAGGAUUAGGGAGCACCUUUACAGUAUACGGAGGAAGGACGACACCAAUGCACUUUUUAAACAUUCUAUCACUUGUUCUUCUUUUAAGAAAUUCCUGUUUUCUGUGUUAGAAGUUGGUUAUUCAGACAGGAGAGGCGGGGACUUCAAGAACUAUUUGGAGCAGCGUGAAACCAUUUGGCAAAUUCGUUUAAACUCAGAUAAAUUUCCUAGUUUAAAUGAUGCCAUUAACAUUAAGUGUUUUUUAAAAUGUGAACGGUUCCCCAGACUGAUUGCAGCCUCAUAUGGAAACACUGUUUGCAUUUUUGAACCCAUAGCAUCUAACCCUAACGUCAGAAAUUCUCAGUUAAAUUAUCAGUGGCAAAAGACAGGGCAGCUGUUCCUCAGUUCAGUAUCCUACAACCUGGCUUGGGAUCCACAAGGUGACAGGUUAUUAACUGCAACUGAUAGUUUGCAGUUAUGGGCCCCUCCACUUUGGGACAUCUUGAAAGAAGAAGAUGAUUGCGAUGAAGAUGUUGAAGCUGAACACAUUAUUCAACCUGUUUUAAAUGACUGGAAAUGUAUUUGGGAAUGCAGAACUGCAAUACCCGUAUAUCUUAUGGCAUGGUCUCCUGAUGGGGAAUACUUUGCAACAGCAGGAAAGGAUGAUUGUCUUCUCAAAGUAUGGUAUCUUACUACUGGAUGGAAAUCUGCCAUGUUGGUACCCGAGGUUGUUGAUAAAAAAGCAACAGCCAUGUCUGCUAAUUUUUCUUUUGUAUAUUUGGCACAUCCUCGGGCUGUGACAGGUUUUUCAUGGCGCAAAACAAGUACAUAUAUGCCAAGGGGAGCUGUGAGCAAUGUUUUGCUUACCUCAUGCCAGGAUGGCAUCUGUCGACUGUGGGCUGAAACAUUAUUGCCAGAUGAAAGCUUUUUUAGUGGACAGGUUACUGAGACUGAAGCUACUAACAGCCUUCCUAAUGCAGUAUGCCAAAAGGAUCGAUUACAAAAUGCAAUGGAGACUCUGCACCAAUUGAAACAACUGAGGCAAGGAAGGAGAAGAUCUUCAGUGCUUGUUGCCCACACAGAAGUUCUGCCCAGUCAGCUUGGAGCACAUGAUUUUCAUCAGCACGUCACAUGUCAUGCCACUGCUCUGUGUCAUUUUCAUAUUGCUGCAAGCAUAAAUCCAAACACAGAUAUUCCAUCGGUCUUCUCUGGAGCAACUUUUAAUGUAGAUGAAGGAGUUGGAAGUUUUGUUGUUCACUGGUUAAAUAACAAAGAAUUAAACUUCACCUCAUCUUUGGAAAUAUUUAUGCAGCAACUGAAAAAGUUCACUGAACAACAGUUGGAGCAAGAAAAUGAAGAAAAAGAAGAGGGCUUGCAGAUGAAGCUUGACUAUGCUUCUGAUGGAGAGCAAGAAGAGGGCUCUGAGCAAGGCUCACCAGAACAUGAGGCAACAGAUAAAGAGAGGAGCAUCAAGUCAUCUGCCUCAUCUGGCUUAGCUGCACCACUUCCCACAGUACUACUUAAUAGAAAGAUCGAAAACCUUCUGAAAGAAUGGAACCAAAAUGUUGAUAUGCUGUUUACUGUACACCCUGUUGAUGGAUCUUUUUUACUGUGGCAUGUAAAAUACUUAGAUGAAUACAGUCCUGGUAUUUUUAGACAAGUCCAGGUUGCAUUUUCUUCCAGGAUUCCAGUUGCUUUUCCCUCUGGAGAUGCCAAUUCUUUGAGUAAAAACAUAAUGAUGUAUGCCUGUCCUACCUCUGUAAGAACUGCUUGUAGUGAAGAGCAGCAAAAGAGACCCAUUACUGUUCCUCACAGUGCUUCCUCGGCAAGUAUACUAAGCACUAGUGUGGCUGCUUCCAAGAUGAACAUGAUCUGUCUUGUUGUAAUGUUGAUUUCAAAACACGUAGACGGUUCUCUAAACCAGUGGACUGUUACCUUUGCUGAAAAGUCUGCUUUCACUACUGUUUUAACUGUGUCUCACAAUUUUAGACAUUGUGGACAUCGAUUCCAUCUUAAUGAAUUAGCCUGCCAUCCAGUGCUUCCAUUGCUGUUAACAUCCUCCCAUCACAAUGCACUUUUAACCCCUGUAUCUGAAUAUCAUGGAGAUCCAAGAGGAGCAAAGCACAUGUUAGAAUCCCUAAAACUUGCAAAAGGUUUAUCAAGAAAACAGCUGAGAAAUGCAGCUACACUAACAUUUCAUGAUCCUGAUGCAAUUUACAGUGAAUUAAUUCUGUGGCGUGUUGAUCCAAUUGGACCCAUGUCUUACUCUGGUGGAGUAUCUGAACUAGCACGGAUCAAUUCACUUCAUACAUCUGCUUUUUCUAAUGUGGCCUGGCUGCCGACACUCAUUCCCAGCUCUUGUCUUGGUACCUAUUGCAAUUCAGCUAGUGCCUGUUUUGUAGCCUCUGAUGGUCAGAAUCUCAGGUUGUAUCAAGCAGUGGUUGAUGCACGAAAACUUCUAGAUGAACUUUCGGAUCCUGAAACUUCGAAACUUGUUGGUGAAGUAUUCAACAUUGUUAGCCAGCAGUCAACAGCUCGGCCAGGCUGCAUUAUUGAACUAGAUGUUAUCACCAGCCAGUGUGGUUCAAGCACUCAAUUACUACAUGUUUUUCAAGAGGAUUUUAUAUUGGGUUACAAGCAAAAUAAAGAAGCCAGCACAGAUAAAGAAGAACCAUCACCUGUCCAACUAGUUCAAGGUUGGCGCCCAUUUUCUGAAAAGUUUUUCCUGGUGGUGAUGGAACAAGAUGACAACAGGCAGUCUGUUCUCCACAUGUGGCAUUUACACUUGCAGUCUGUUCAAGGUCUUGCAGCUAAAAUCACUGAUCCUCCAAAAACAGAAGAUCUUCUUUUUGUACCAGAGAAAAACAAUGUUGAGUCCUCUCCAGAUAUAUCUCCUGGAUUAACUCCUGUGCAGCGCUCAGCAUCAGUUGCCAAUUUACAAACUACUAGCAAACUGGUAUUGCACUCCAAGCUGGUGUAUAGUAAGCAGCUAGAUCUACCUAAUGGAGUUGAAGUUAUUCGGGCAACUCCUUCAGCAGGUCAUCUGAGUUCAUCCUCAAUUUAUCCUGUUUGCCUUGCACCUUAUCUAAUAGUGACAUCUUGCUCAGAUGAUAAAGUGAGAUUUUGGAGCUGCAAUGUAGAACCUAAACCAGACUCUGAUCAUUUUGAAAAGGAACGCACUUACCAUUGGGAAAAUUGGACCUUGAUGAAUGAGGAGGGAGAAAAUGAAAGUAGUGCUCUGGAUGUACUUGGAAGGCCUGUGGCUGUUAGCUGCUCUUAUACUGGACGUUUUGCUGUUGCAUAUAAGCGUCCAGUUCAGCAGAAUGGUUUCAUUUCCAAAGAAUUUUCAAUGCACGUUUGUAUUUAUGAAUGCGAGUCCACAGGAGGAUCUGAGUGGGUGCAAGAACAGACGAUUAAUUUAGAUGAUUUAACAAAGUUUGGAAGUGUGCUUGAUCCAAGAGUUAGUGUGGAUAGCAAUUUAUUUGUGUACAGUAAGUCAGAUGUAUUUUUGAAUAAGGACAGGCAUCUCACUCCCAACAUAAAGCACUUGGUCCAUUUAGACUGGGUAUCCAAAGAAGAUGGCUCUCAUAUUUUAACUGUUGGAGUGGUCUCUAAUAUAUUCAUGUAUGGAAGAAUGUCAGGGAUAAUGACUGACCAAAUCAGUAGCAAAGAUGGGAUGGCUAUGAUUACAUUGCCACUUGGUGGGAGCAUAAAGCAAGGAAUUAAAUCAAAAUGGGUUCUUCUGAGAUCGAUUGAUCUGGUAUCAUCUAUAGACGGCACACCCUCACUUCCAGUUUCGUUAUCUUGGGUAAGGGAUGGCAUACUGGUAGUCGGAAUGGAUUGUGAAAUGCAAGUUUACGCACAGUGGAAACAGGCCACUAAGCCAUUACAUCAGUGGGAUACUGAAAGCAAAUCUUUCACUGAAGAUUUAGGACAAAUUUCUUCAGCAGUGCUCAGUAAGAAACAUAGUAUUAUUGAUGGAUCAACUAUAGCUGAUGAUGUUUUUGGUACUCCAGCUGUGAUACAGGAUGGUGGCCUUUUUGAAGCUGCUCAUGUUCUUUCCCCAACCCUUCCACAGUAUCAUCCCACUCAGUUAUUGGAACUCAUGGACUUAGGGAAAGUACGUAGGGCAAAAGCUAUUCUCUCUCAUUUAGUUAAAUGCAUAGCUGGUGAGGUUGCAGUUGUGAGAGACCUAGAUGCAGGAGAUGGUGGAGGAAUUAAACGCCAUCUUUCACGUACCAUUAGUGCUAGUGGCAGCACGGUGAAGGACACAGUAAUUGCGGGGAAAGAUGGUACCCGCGACUACACUGAAAUUGAUUCAGUGCCUCCUUUGCCACUCUACGCAUUACUGGCUGCAGAUAUGGACACUUCCUAUAAAGCUACAGAAGAAGCUGCUAAAACAACAAAAGGUUCAGAAACUCAAAAGCAAUCAGAGGAUCAUUAUGCUGAUUUAUUUCAUGUACAGAUGGUCACAACUGAUGACUUCAUGUCUUUUGAAACUGAAAGAAAAGAAAGCAGAUCAAGGAUAAUUAAUUUAUCCCAGUAUGGACCAACUUAUUUUGGCCCAGAGCAUGCACAGGUAUUAUCAAGUCAUCUCAUGCAUUCCAGUUUGCCAGGACUCACUCGACUGGAGCAGAUGUUCCUGGUGGCAUUGGCAGAUACAGUAGCCACAACAAGUACCGAAAUUGGAGAAAGCAGAGAUAAAAAUUACUCAGGUGGCGAGACAUUGGAUGAGUGCGGCUUACGUUAUUUACUUGCCAUGCGUCUGCACACCUGUCUGUUAACAUCACUGCCACCAUUGUACAGAAUGCAGCUUUUACAUCAGGGGUUGUCUACCUGUCAUUUUGCAUGGGCUUUUCACUCUGAAGCUGAAGAGGAAUUACUGAACAUGAUUCCUGCUGUACAGAGAGGUGAUCCACAGUGGUCAGAACUGAGAGCCAUGGGAGUGGGUUGGUGGGCCAGAAAUAUUAACACUCUUCGAAGAUGUAUUGAAAAGGUUGCAAAAGCUUCUUUUCAGAGGAACAAUAAUGCAUUAGAUGCAGCAUUAUUUUACCUUGCCAUGAAGAAGAAGGCAGUCCUCUGGGGCUUAUUUAGAUCUCAGCAUGACGAAAAGAUGACACAGUUUUUCAGCCAUAAUUUUAAUGAAGACAGAUGGCGUAAAGCUGCUUUGAAAAAUGCCUUUGCUUUACUAGGGAAACAACGUUUUGAGCAGUCUGCAGCAUUUUUCUUGCUUGCUGGCUCACUGAAAGAUGCCAUAGAGGUUUGCCUUGAGAAAAUGGAAGAUAUUCAGUUAGCUAUGGUAAUUGCCCGCUUAUAUGAAUCAGAUUCUGAAACAUCUGCUACUUAUAAAUCCAUUCUUUAUGAAAGAGUUCUGGGUUGUAAAAGAGAUGGAUCAGGUUUCUCCUGCAGCAAAAUGCAUCCUGACCCCUUUCUGCGAAGUAUUGCAUACUGGAUAAUGAAAGAAUAUACAAGAGCUCUGGAUACUUUACUUGAACAGAUACCAAAAGAAGAUGAUAAAAAUCCAGAUAUUAUUUUUAGGUCAUGCAAUCCUGUAGUGUUCAGUUUCUAUAAUUUCCUCCGCACCCACCCAUUGAUCCGAAGACAGUUAACGUCAGCGGAUGGCACAUCAACCAUCUCAGGGCUUAAAACGGAGAGCAGCUUUAUAGAUGAAAUAAAUCUCAUUGAAAGAAAGCUGUUUUUUACUACUGCCAAUGCUCACUUUAAGGUCGGAUGCCCUGUAUUAGCUCUUGAAGUACUUUCUAAAAUUCCAAAGGUCACCAAGUCUAAAAUGCCCUCUGAACAGAGCAUGUAUACUAAAGAUUCUAGUGUUAUAAACCACAUCUCUCCACCUCAGAGAGUGGAAAAUGGUUUGGAAUAUAAUGGUCUUGACUGGUCACAGAAUAUUGCCUCUGCAAAUGAUUUUGGCUUAACAAGCAACUUUAGUGUAGACUGGAGUCAGGUGUCAGUGACUUUAAAUGAUGAACCUUUAAAACUUGAUUGGGAAGAUGAUGCAGGAGGUUUGACAGACGAGGAAGAAGAUGAUGUUGGGUUAACUAUGAAGGAAGCCAUAUCUGAGGAAAAAGGUAAGGUACAGAAGGAAACUGGUUCUCAGUCACUCAUAACCCCUGCAUCACAGGGAGUGGUGUCUUCUUCAGAGUACGAUGUUGAUGUAAUUGCCGAACAGCUAAAAUUCAGAGCUUGCCUGAAGAUAUUAAUGACUGAACUCAGAACAUUAGCUACAGGUUAUGAAGUAGAUGGUGGAAAACUUCGAUUUCAGUUAUAUAACUGGCUUGAAAAAGAAAUUGCUAGUUUGCAUCAAAUCUGCAACCACAAAGCAGAAAGCAAGACCUAUGCUGUGGAGUUCACCAAAGAAGAGGACUUGGAUAGUUUUGAUCAAGAAGAGGACAUGGAAAAACUGGAUCCUGGUUCCUAUGAGCGCCAUCAGAUUGAGCGUCGGAGGUUGCAGGCUAAGCAGGAACAUGCAGAAAAACGAAAAUGGUGGUUGCAGAAGAACCAGGCUCUUCUCAGAGUUUUUCUGAGCUACUGUAGCUUACAUGGAGCUCAAGGUGGUGGCCUUGCUUCAGUGAGAAUGGAGCUAAAAUUUUUGUUGCAGGAGUCUCAGCAGGAAACUACUGUAAAACAACUUCAGUCCCCUCUUCCUUUGCCAACAACACUGCCUUUGAUUUCUGCAAGUAUUGCACCAACAAAAACAGUAAUAGCCAAUCCAGUACGACACCUGUGCAAUCACACCCAUGAUAUCCUGUUCAGCAUUUUACAAAUGAGAUCUCCUCCUCAUCCUGAUAUUAAUGAUGAAAGGGUUUACACCUUGCACAGACUGGGAGCAUCUCUUUCUGCAUGCAUUUAUCAGGCCCUCUGUGAUAGCCACAGCUACAGCAGUCAUAUAGAAGCAAAUCAGUUCACUGGGAUGGUUUAUCAAGGGCUUCUACUAAGUGAGCGACGCAGACUGAGAACAGAAAGCAUUGAAGAGCAUGUUACACCGACUUCAUCUCCUGCACAGUGGCCUGGUGUUGCAUCUCUUAUAAGUCUAUUAACAUCAUCUCAAGAUGAAGACCAACCGAAGCUGAAUGUGCUGCUUUGUGAAACAGUUAUAGCUGUCUAUCUCUGUUUAUUAAUCCAUGGACUUGGAACCCAUGCUAGCAGUGAGCUGUUCCGUUUAGCUGCCCAUCCACUUACCAUUCGAAUGUGGGCUGCAGUGUUUGGAGGCGGGGUGAAAAUAUUAGUGAAACCUAAAAAACAGUCUGAAGCUGUUCCAAGCCCUCCUGUUCCAUCACAAGAAAUGGACAAACAUCGCCGUAGGUUUACCAUGAGAAUGUUAGUACCCGGAAGACCAGUAAAAGAAGCUGCAACACCCCCACCUGUACCUGCUGAGAGACCAUCCUACAAAGAAAAGUUCAUUCCACCUGAGCUCAGCAUGUGGGACUAUUUUGUAGCAAAGCCAUUUUUGCCUGUGUCAGAUAGUGGUGUUAUAUAUGACUCUGAUGAAAGUAUUCCCAGUGAUGAUGAUGAGGAAGAAGAUGACGCUUUUCUUUCAGAUACUCAGCUCCAGGAGCAUUCAGAUCCAAAUUCUUACAGUUGGUCUCUUCUACGAUUAGCAGUUGUAAAGCUAGCACUGUACAACGUAAAGAACUUCUUUCCAGUUGCAGGUUUGGAAUUUUCAGAACUUCCUGUUGCAUCACCCUUGGGAAUUGCUGUAAUAAACUUGUUGGAAAACUGGGAGCAGUUACUUCAAGAGAGAAUUGAACAGUUUGAAGGUCCACCACCAGGAUACAUUAAUACCUUUCCUAAUGACCUCACUAUUGGAGGGGGGCCAGCCAUAUUAAGGCAUAAAGCAUUGCUUGAACCUGAUAAUACUCCUUUCAAGUCAAAACAUCAUGAUGCAUUUCCUGUUAAAAGGCUGUGGAAUUUUCUUGGUGCAGAAUGUUUGUCAGGCCAUCAUCACAUGCAAGUAAAGCACUAUGUUAUGCCAAUGGCACAUGCUGAAGGAGAACGUCACAGGCAAAUAAAAUCUGAUGCUUUGCUGGUAACAAAUGCUGAAGGAGAACUUAUACAAAUAAAACCAGAUGCUUUGCUGGUGACUCAUGCUCAGGGAAUAAAUCAUGUCCAAAUAAAACCUGAUGCUAUGGUGAUGACUCAUGAUCCAGAGAAAACAUUACAUACAAGUAUGGAGAUUGAACUGUCCAUUGAGGUGGAGCUGGCUAAGAAGAAGGCCAAGGUUUCAAGGCCUGCUACUGCUGCACCUCUGAUGUUGGACGUUUCAGCAGCUACCAGUCUAGGGGCCGAGGGAUGUCCAGAAGAACUAGUGACUUUGGCAAACUGGAAUGAGAUUGUCUUAGCUUCUACUCAUGAUGUACAGGAACUUGAAGUAUCUUCUCUCUUAGCUGCUCAGCCAUACAUAUGGAUUGGAGAGGAAUAUGACAAGGAAUCAAGAAGCUCUGAUGAUAUUGACCAUCGCAGUACUACCUCUAGCAUUCCUCCUUCAGCUGCCCCACCAUCAUUUGGAUCUCCUCAGAUGCCUUCCUCGAUGUCUAUGCCAUGGUUGGGAAGUGGACAAACUAGUGCUGGAGCUACAAUACUCAUGAAGAGAAACUUGAACAAUAUCAAGAGAAUGGCAUCACAUCCAGUUUAUCAAUACUAUAUAACUGGAGCUCAGGAUGGCAGUGUCCGGAUGUUUGAAUGGAAUCGACCACAGCAACUUAUAUGUUUUCGUCAAGCUGGGAACGCUAGGGUUACUAGGAUGUACUUCAAUUCUCAAGGAAACAAGUGUGGAGUUGCUGAUGGAGAAGGAUUUUUAAGCCUUUUUCAAGUAAACCAAGCUACUUCAAAUCCAAAGCCUUACAUGAAUCUACAGUGUCACAGUAAAGUAACUGGAGACUUUUCGUUUAUUACUUCAUCAAGUUUAAUAGCCACAGUUGGACAAUCAAAUGACAGCAGAAAUGUAUGUCUUUGGGACACAUUGGUUUCCCCUAACCACUGCCUUGUACAUGGUUUCAUAUGCCAUGACAGUGGUGCCACAGUUCUUCAGUAUGCCCCUAGGCAGCAACUGUUAAUCUCUGGGGGCAGAAAGGGAUUUGUCUGCAUCUUUGAUAUAAGACAAAGGCAGCUUCUUCAUACUUUCCAGGCACAUGAUUCUGCUAUCAAGGCUUUAGCCCUAAGUCCUUCAGAAGAUUACUUUCUUACAGGUUCAGCUGAAGGCAACAUGAAGGUGUGGAGACUGACGGGUCAUGGUUUAAUCCAUUCAUUUACCAAUGAACAUGCCAAGCAAUCCAUAUUCAGAAACAUAGGUGCUGGAGUAAUGCAGAUUGAAAUUGGAUCAGCAAAUCGUAUUUUUUCUUGUGGAGCAGAUGGAACUCUAAAAAUGAGGGUUUUGCCAGACCCUUACAAUGUUCCUGCUGGAAUGUUUGACAUAUUGUAGAUGUGAAUUUUUUUGCUUUAUCAUUUCCUCUGGACACUGUUUUAGUAUUGAGAUGUUUUAUUAGCUAUUUUAUAAAGCUUUUGCCCAUUACAGUGUACUGGGCAAGAGUUAUUCUGUGUUCAUGAAGAUUUUUAUUUUAUUUUGGUAUUUUAAAAGUAUCCAAAGGCACUUUGUUCAUAUAGAUGUACAGCAGACAUGCAUGUACUGUAUUACUUGUAAGAGUAGUACAGUUAUCCAUCAAUUUGGUUAUAGUCCACUGUGAAAUGCAAAAACGUGCAUGAUAUUAAAUACACUGAAAAUUGAAACACUUUUUCAAAAUGAUCACUAAAUGUGUUUUGGUGUUUGUUUUGGUUUAUCAGUUCAUCCUGUACAGCUCAUGUAUUUUCUUGCACUUCAGCAAAGUAUAAAUGGUGUCUGAUAUAAGGGACGCAAACCUUCAUGGUAGUGGAAACUACGUUUGUGAACCAUUUGUCACAUUGUGCAAUACAGAAGCCACAGUAAUGGAGAAAUUGUAUAUUGCUACAAUAUGAUUAAUCCUUCCUGGAACUUAACAUGUACUUCAGUAGCAAUAUCAUAUUCUCCUUCUGCACAAAUUUCUUUCCUGCCGACUCUUGCGUUGUGUAUUGUAAACAGCUUGCGUUUACAUUGGGAAUGUAAAAUAAACAAAUGUAAAAAUCAAUGGGCAUUUUAAGUUUGUCAUUAUUUUUUUAUCAGUUUGCCCACAAGUGUUCCGUUUGGCUUCAGUAAAGUAAAGUUACAUGAAGCAAAAUUAUUUUAAUUGAACAGUGGUCUUUGCUUGACUAACUAGUAAAUAUGUUAUUUAAUUAGUUUAUAUAUAAAAGUAUGUAUAAUAAUUUCCAGAGCCUCUUGUGUAAAAAUAUUGUCAUGUAUGGUUGCCUGUAGCAUACCAAAUGAAAAUGUAUUUUUUGUUUUAGUGUAUAAUACAUUCCUUAUUGCAAAUGAAACUGUAAUCCUUGCACAAAGGUGGGACUAGAGUCCAUCUAUUUAAGUGUUCAUUAACAGCAACUGUACUGUGUUGUAAAUUAAACACUUUAUCAUCAAAAAACAUGUGCAGAAUGUUGUCUGUAUCUCAGAAACAGCUAAUUGAUAUUUAUUAAAAGUUUAUAAGUUAAAUAAAUUCCUUUUAUUUCUUUU